UAGCGGAAGUAGAUGGAAACAAGGCAAAGGCCAGACGGACCGUCACAGCUGCUGGGAAACCCUGAAAACACAGCAGCCUGCGGGUUGUCCUCUGCUUCCACGGUCCGGACGCUGUAGGAGAAGAAGACACCUCAACAUGGCCGACACAUGGAAGCGUCUCCCCACCGUGCCCCAACUACCAGCGUCACUUUCCGCCUGUCUCCUCGCUCUGCUCCUCGUCUGCCCUGGUGACGCCAGCCGACACCGGACACGACGCCCCAGCAGCCCCGCCGCCGAGGACCCGGUAGAAACUUACGACAGAUACUACGAUUACGCGAGUCUGACGGGACGUCUUCAGUCUUUAGCCCAGACAUACCCGCACAUAGCCAACCUGUCGAGCGUGGGUCAGUCCGUGGAGGGCAGGCAGCUGUGGGUGAUGCGCAUCACCACGGAGCCCGACGCGGACUCGCAGGGGAAACCUAAAUUUAAGUACGUGGGCAACAUGCACGGAGACGAGACCGUGUCCCGGCAGGUGCUGGUCUACCUAGCGGAGCACCUGCUGCUCAAGUACGGCGAGGAUCCGCGCAUCACGGAGCUCGUCAACACAACGGAUAUUUACAUCAUGCCCAGUAUGAACCCGGACGGCUUCGAGAAGUCCAAAGAGGGAGAUUGCAUGGGAGAAAACGAAGGCAGAAGUAACGCCAAAACCAUUGACCUGAACAGAAGCUUUCCUGACCAGUUCGGCAGGAUCAGCGUCUCUCCAGAGAAAAUACCCGAGGUCUUGGCUGUGAUCAGGUGGAUCCAGGAGAAAAAAUUUGUGCUGUCAGCGAACCUGCAUGGUGGCUCCGUGGUCGCCAGUUACCCUUUUGAUGACUCAGCCAUCCAUCAGCAACAGGGCCACUACAGCAAGUCAGAGGAGGACAGCCUGUUUCGCUACUUGGCUAUGACGUAUUCCCAGAACCACCCUGUGAUGAAGACUGGUUUUCCCAACUGUCCCGAUGCCAUGGAUGAAACUUUUAAAGAUGGCAUCACCAAUGGGGCUCAGUGGUACGAUUUACCUGGAGGGAUGCAGGACUACAACUACCUCCAUGGAAACUGUCUGGAGAUCACCAUUGAGCUUAGCUGCUGCAAAUAUCCUCCUGCAACUGAGCUCCAUAAGGAAUGGGAUCUGAAUAGGGAAUCCCUACUAGCCUACAUGGAAAAGGUACAUAUAGGUGCUCGUGGAUAUGUGAAAGAAGCCGUCACUGGUGCUGAUCUUUCCAACGCCAACAUUAUGGUGGCAGGCAUUCAGCACAAUCUGACCACAGGAGACUACGGGGAGUACUACCGCCUCCUGCUCCCAGGAACAUACAACAUAACUGCUCUGGUCCCAGGGUACACACCAAUGACUUUUCACAAUGUCCAGGUCGUAGAGGAUAAAGCCACAGAACUUAACUUUACCUUGGCACCUGUCGUCAGUCAGGCUGCAGGCAGCAGCACUGUGCCUACGUCCUCUGUCCCAUCCAGCCGUGACCCAAACAUUUCCACCACUGUUACAGAUGCUUCAAACUCCACUGUAGCUGUGUCUAGCGGAGACGGGAACAUCCCUUCAAUGCUUCCACCUGAAAAUAUACCUGUCCAGCCGCAGGAAUUCCGUCACCACAAUUAUGCAGACAUGGAGCUCUUCUUACGCAAGUACAGCAGCGAGUUCCCCUCUAUCGUCCAUCUUCACUCGAUUGGCCGCUCUGUGAAAGACAGAGAGCUCUACGUGAUGGUCAUCUCAGACAACCCCACUGUUCACGAGCACGGUGAGCCCGAAUUUAAGUAUGUGGCCAACAUGCAUGGUAAUGAAGUGGUGGGCCGAGAAUUGAUGCUCAACCUCAUUGAGUAUCUGUGCCGUAACUAUGGCACUGACCCGGAGGUCACUCGUUUGGUCAACAACACCCGCAUUCACAUCAUGCCGUCUAUGAACCCUGAUGGGUAUGAGGCGGCCAAUGAAGGUGAUGUGAAGGGCUACAAAGGGCGCAACAACAGCAACAAUGUUGACCUGAACCGCAACUUCCCCGAUCAGUUCACAUCCACCACAGGGACCAGACAGCCAGAGACUAUAGCUGUGAUGAACUGGCUGAAGAGCAUCUCCUUUGUCCUGUCAGCCAACCUCCAUGGAGGUUCCUUGGUGGUGAACUACCCCUUUGAUGAUGACAAAGAAGGGUUAAGUCAGUACAGCCGGUCCCCUGAUGACAAGGUCUUUCAGCUGGUGUCCAAAGCGUACUCACAGGAGAAUCCUCUGAUGCACAAUGGACACCCUUGCGAGGAACUGUACCCUGAUGAAUAUUUUGAAAACGGAAUCACCAACGGUGCAAACUGGUACAAUCUCCAUGGUGGGAUGCAGGACUGGAACUAUUUAAACACCAACUGUUUCGAAGUGACCAUUGAGUUGGGUUGUGUGAAGUACCCUUUUGCGAAGGAGCUGCCUAAAUACUGGGAACAAAACCGAAGAGCCUUACUUCAGUUUAUACACCAGGUCCACACUGGUGUAAAGGGAACAGUGUCUGACAGUAGGGAUGGUACAGGAAUACCCAAUGCUACCAUCACUGUGGCAGAGAUAGACCAUAACAUCACCACGGCUCAAACAGGAGACUACUGGAGACUUCUAGCCCCCAACACUUACUCAAUCACAGCCGCUGCUCACGGGUACAUACCUCAAAGAACCUACGCCACAGUCGCAAAGGAUAGAGUGGAGGUGGUGGACUUCAGACUGACACGUUUGCACUCAGACUCUAACGGCCAGUCUCAAAACGGACCCCAACCCACACAGAACCCGUCUGAGAAGGUGUUGCAGAGCUUAAUCAAAGAGCUCUCUCUGGGCCAGGGUUUGGAGCAGUUGGUCAAGAGUACAGCCACAGAGAGCAGCUUCCGCUACCAUCUUUAUAAAGAAUUGUCCGAGUCCAUGAGGGGCCUCACACUCAACUUUCCAAAAAUUACAUCCUUACAUAGACUGGGCCAAAGUGUAGAGUUUCGAACCAUUUGGGCUCUGGAAAUCUCUAACAAACCAGAAGAAGCUGAACCAUCUGAGCCCAAGAUUCGCUUUGUAGCAGGGAUCCAUGGCAAUGCUCCUGUGGGCUCGGAGCUGCUGCUGGAGUUUGCUACCUUCCUUUGUAUCAACUAUGGCAAGAACCCAGCCAUCACUAAGUUGAUCAACGAGACCCGGAUUGUCAUCGUGCCUUCGAUAAACCCAGAUGGACGAGAACUGUCUGUUGAGAAACAGUGCACCUCCACUCAGGGUUUGACCAAUGCUCAUGGAAAAGACCUGGACACAGAUUUCUUUGGCAAUGCAUCACAGCGUGUGGUGGAGGCUCAGCCAGAGACCAGAGCAAUGAUGGACUUGAUUCUAGAAAGGAGUUACACACUCUCUGUAGCUCUCGAUGGAGGCGCCCUUGUUGCUACCUACCCUUAUGACAAACCUGUCCAGCCUGUUGAAAACGAGGGCACAUUGAAGUACUUGGCAAAUGUUUAUGCCACGAACCAUCCCAAGAUGCACCUCGGAGACACCGGAUGUUCAAAUAAUGGGCAGACAGGCAACAUCCCCGACGGAGUCAUGAGGGCAGCAGAGAGACAAAGUCACAUGGGGAGUAUGAAGGAUUUCAGUAUGGACUUUGGCCACUGUCCAGAAAUCACAGUUUAUACUGGCUGCUGUUUGUUCCCUCCUGUUGAGCAGCUGGCCACGCUCUGGGCCGAGAACAAGAAGGCUCUCCUCGGCAUGUUGGUGGAGGUCCAUAAAGGUGUGCGUGGAGUGGUGAGGGACAAGAGCGGGAAGCCUAUUGUUGGUGCAAUCAUUGUGCUGAACGGAGGUGUAAGAGUGUUUACUACAGAGGGCGGCUACUUCCACGCGCUGCUGGCUCCUGGCAACCACAACAUUGAAGCUGUUGCCGAUGGCUACCAACAACAACGUCAAGAGGUGGUGGUAUCGUCCUAUGAAGCUGCUAACUCCAUCAUCAUUGAGUUUGACAUGGACAACAAUAUCUUUGGGCUGCCCAGAGAGUUUGUGGUGGCCAGUGCAGCGGCCUCCAUGACGGCACUGGUGGUGACCGCGUGCAUCAUCUGGUGUGUGUGUGCGGCCAAGUCUAACCGUCAGAAGGACGGCUUCCACCGUUUGCGACAGCACAGAGACGACUACGACGACGAGAUCCGGCUCACGUCCAUGGGCUCCAAGAAGUCCCUGCUCGCCAACGAGUUUCAGGACGAGAGCGAAAGUGACGAGGAUACGCUGUACGCAAACAAAAUCUGAGAACAAAGGCGCCAGUUUUUGCUGUUGGCUCAGCAUUUUUUUUAUUUUGAUCUCCCGCCUGGAAACUGAACUUGUCCAACAAGGAAUAGGUUGAACUUUGGGCACCAUCCCAGUCCAUCUUUAUGACUUGAGAUAUGAGUGAUAAAGACACUUUUCUUCUGUUAUACCAACAAGCUCUGCGCACUAGCUUUUGGUCACACAGUUAUCAGUGCAACCAAAUUAAUAGUUAACAGAACAUCAUGCUGAUGUCUGGAGUGAAGGGCUUGCUUUUUUUGUGAUGGAUCUCUGUUUAACUAGGUCAACAAGAGGACAUUUAGUGAAGGUGUUAAAGAGGAGCGAGAGAAUGGUUUGUUCCACUGUGGCUCUCAUCCGUCCUUUGGUUUUUGAGUCCCGCAGCUUUUUUAUUUAAUUUGUUCCGAGCCAUUCAAGAGUGCUCUUGAAGACCACCCGGCUGAGGAGUCAAGCCGCAAAGUCCAAAUGAAACUUUUUCUUGUUUAGUGGAUGUGUAAAUGAACUCUGAAUGAAAGUACUUAGUCUCACAGAAUCUCCUCACUGAUAUCUGUCAUCACUACGCUUUUCUUUCACAAGGACUUAGGAGCUAGGAAGUUUGCUUAUUUUAGACGCCGUUGAAAGGUUGAAGUGUCCAAGCCUUUUGAGAGACUGAAUCCAAUACUGUGCCUUGGCUUCUGUAAUGUUUACAGUCCGGUCCGGCUGCAGUAUUUAGUAGAAAGCAGCGAAUAGAUGACUAUCGGUCCAUCCUAUAAUUAGGCGGUAGGAGAAGAGACAUGAUGAUUAAAAAUCUAAUGUUGCACUGAUUCUGCACAGAUGACUCUUGGUUGCCUGACAUGGUAUCGGUAGUUUUAUUUUUUAUUUUACAGCUAGUCAAAGUUGUGGGCAAAACCCUAAUACAAACUUCGGGGAGAAUCUGUAACCAUCCUCCUUGACAGGAACCAUCCUCAGUUUGUGCAGGAACCCCUGUGUGAGGGAGGCCAUCUUGCACUAAAUUGAAUGUGAGUAUUGUCCCAUAUCAUUGGCCAUGAAAAAAAUUAAUUUAGAAAAGAAUGUAUUUUUUAUUUAACAGAUUUGUUGAAUGAUAAUCCAAACUGUCUGUGGAAAAUUACAGUUUGACACUUGUCACAUCGAGUCUGUACCCUGUUUUGAGUCAGGAAUGCACAUUUUUACCACGUCUAUAAAUUACAUACAAAUUAUAAAUCAAAAUGCAUAUAACUAAGAUGUGAUUUGAAGCUCUGAAAAGGCUUUCUACAUUCAAGGUCUAAUAUCCACUUUUGGAGAUAGUCAUAGUUCUUCAGCCAGUUGUCAGGGAGAGUGAAAAAGAGGUUGAUAAGCGAUUGCCUUCAUGGAUUUUAAAGAACAGCGUUGUCUGGUAUGAAAAAAUGCAGUAAUUUGCCAUGUCUCAUGAUAAAGAAGCUUAUUUGACUUCAAAAUCUGAACAGGGUGUAGGGACAAAUCCAGGGAAACUGGUUUAUGUGCAAACAUGCAAACUUGAGGGGUUAUUAGAAUAAGACGAGGUGAGAUGGCAGUUGUUAAUCCUGUGCUCAGAUAUCUGUAUUAGCAUAGAAUUUCACCAUGCAAAUCAAGGGAAGAGCCAAAAACCAGAAGACACUGGUUUUCCUCAUAAGAAAUCCAUGUACAACUUGUCCUGACGUCUGUCCUCACACACUUGUUUUCAUCAAAUACACAAGACUGCAUCUCUCAGUAUAUUCAAGCCUGGUGUCUGUGUAGAAAGACUAUUUUGUGCAUUCUUUUUUUUCCUACUCCAUGUCUGUGAAUGCCUGCUUAUGAAUUUUGAAAGAUUAGCUUGCGUUAGGGUCAUGCAGGGUUGGUGAGGAUUUUUAGAUUAACUGGAAUCAACUGUAAAUAUUGUUUGGCAAUGAUGGGGAAUGAAAGUGCAAUUCAUGUGAACAAUUAAUCUACACGCAACAAAACAUUUGAUAAAGUACCUCUGUAUGAUCGUGACCUGCUAACAUGCACAAAGAUUCAUCUACACAAUGAAAUAAAACCUUUCACUACA